GUCCAGCUGCUGGGCCGCCGGGGCAUUACGCCGGUGCUGAGCUGUGUGGAGCGGAUCUUCCGGGAGGUCACAGGGGAGAAAGAAGUGCGGGACCUGUCCUUCGACGAGUUUGUUGAGAUCUACGAUGUGGUGCAAGCUCGUGCCGGCUUCUCCGAGCACGACUUGAAUAGGCUGCGAAAGGUUUGGAGUCGCUAUGACACGGACGGCAACCAGGUGCUGUCUGCCGACGAAGUUCGCCUGGCACUGUACUGGCAGGGCUUCGCAGUGGACAACGCCGAGGUGGAAGAGCUGGCUCUCGAGGUGGGCCGCAAGAAGGGCCUGAACCAGCACGAGUUCUUGGUGUUCAUGAAGAAGUACCGGGACAACGAGGUGCAAAAGCUCAUUCAGCUCAAUACCUCAACGACUGGGAACGAGGCUGUCCGGCUGGAAGACAUUCCCCGGCUGCUGCGCACCCUGGGCUAUGAGGAGGUGCCGCCUGAGGUGGUGCAGGAGUGCGCUGCAUUAGUACACCUGGUGAAUCUGGACCUGGCUGCAGGGAUCCGGCCGCUCUGCUCAACCUUCACGUUUGAUGGGCUCUACCACUUCAUGGAGAACCUCCGUGCUUCCCAUGGCUUCAUCAACGCGGAGAGGGUGGACCUGAAGAACGCCUUCCUGCGCUUCUCCACGGAGAAGUUCUCGAAGAGUGGCUUCAUUGAGGACGACAGCUCCACGGCUGAGGACGAGGAGGCGCAGAUCUCUGUGCUGAAGCUCUUCCAUGCCCUGCGUUGGCUUGGUUACCAGGUGGAGCUCUGGCAGGUGCUGGAGAAGAUGGACGGCAUCGGCAUGGUGGGGAGCGCGUCCCUUUGCCAGGAGGAGUUCAUGCGAGUCAUGGCUGGGUUGCACCGGCAGGAGCUCGAAUGCAUUCAGGAGAUGUUGCAGGAGAGUCCGGAGAUCCAGCGGGUGAACUCGGAGGCCUCGGCAGGCAUCGCGCCAGCUGACCAGGAAGUCCAGGCCGGACCUGUCACCGCCAAAAGGCUGAAGGUGCUGUUCCAGCAGUUGGGCUACUCAAUGCCCGGGAGCGAGUUGGUGGGGCUCUCCAAAGAGUUCGCCCAGGGCUACUUCCCCCAGGAUGUGUGGGGCGUGGCCCAAGUCCUCCGUCGGCACAGGAACAAGGUCCGCGACGAGGUGCGGAAGAACUUUGGUUUCGCCCGCGCCGAGCUGCGGGGCUUGCAGGAGGCCUUCGAGCAGCUGGCCAGGCCAGCUGGGACGCUGCAGGGCAAGCAGCUGAGCCUCGCGGUGCGCCAGCUCUUCCCAGGAGCCGAGAAAGAGCGCCUGGAGAGGCAGCGGGCGCAUCAGACCAUCAAACAGGUGACAAAGAGCCGUGCCUGCGAGGAGUUGGACUUCCAGGAGUUCUUGCACCUGGUCCGGCUGUGCCUUGACCGGGAGGCCGAGGCAAAGCUCAAUGAGGAGCACCAGGCGCUGGAGCGGCUGCCCUUCGUGGCGUCGGAGGUCACGGAGUUCAGAACCAUCUUCCACGGAGUGGCACUGCAGGAAAAAAGCAAAGCGUCAGAGCAGUGCACCUCCAUUCUGGGCAACGUGUCAGCCAUCCCAUGCCUGAGCUAUAUUGCGGUGGAGGCGAUGCUGGCGGGGAUCACCGGUGACGUCAGCGAGCUGACCAGGGAGGCCUUGCAGGAAAUCUUGCUGGCAGUGGACAUGGAGAAGAAAGGGAGCCUCUACUUCUGGGAGUUCCUCGAAGCUGUUCGAGCUCUCAUGGAUGAGAAUUGGCACAGCAUCAACGACGAGGCUCAGAAGAUGGUUCUGGAGUCCUGGGCACAGAAGGAGGCAGACGCGCUGUACAAAUCCCGCGCCGAGAGUGCCAGGCUGGACGAGACAUAG